AUGGUAGAGGAAUCAGCGCAACAAGAAGCGGCAGAGGCGAAGCAGAGUUCGUAUCGAUGGACUGAUGCCGAUCCAAGACCAUUCUAUCGAAUGUACUUGGCUGCCGAAGAUGAUCAAGUCAAGGCCGCACUGGUUGAAGAUGGCAAGUGUUUGUCAAAGGCAAAGCUGGAUGGUAGAAACAGUGAGGAUCUGCCGAUUACUUUCUUCGCGGCUCUGGCUGAGAAAUGGAACAGUGACUGGGUAGCUUCGACACCAAUCCUACCAACCCUCCACGGUGACUUUGAAAAGGAAAUUUCGAUUGGUCCAGAGGAUGUGCAACAGCCAGUGACAACGGAGUACAUCACCAAGAAAUGGAAGAAUGACAAGAUGCUACUAGCCAGAUUGGUCAGUCGCUACGAAGGAUCUGGUCACGGCUUCGGAAUGAUCGAUGGUCGCACAACCUUUGGCCAUAUGACCGAAGAGGCACUUCAAGCUGAUGAUAGAAAGGAUUAUCUAUGGGAACAGUUCUCUGAGAAGCCACGGCAUCUGCUUCUGUGGCAUCUUUCUGAUCAAUUCGCCAAAGAAGUCGAGGAGAAGAAGAAGAAGGCAAAGAGAAAGAAGACGUCUGAUGACAGCAGCAGUGACAGUGACCAAGAUGGAGCCUUUAAGUUUCGUGCUUCCCUUGCUGAUUCGCAACAGGAACAAGCGUAUCAGUCAGCGAUGGAGAACCUACAGAAUGCUACCACUCGCUUGACUCAUGACAGAUUGGAUCUCAUGCGUCAUCGCCGACACAAUCCUGAUGAUGAUGAGAGCGAACUCCUUCUUGCUGACCAAGUGCGACUUCAAGAGGAGAUUGUUAACAAGUUGAAAUCAAGAGUCGAGUCAAUGGAGAAGAAGAAAGCAUCUGACUAG